GUCUGAAGUCAGCGUAUUUAGCGCUUUAGAAAAAAGGGGACUCUUAUUUUGAAAUCGGAGUUGCUGUGUGGUGUUGAUUCCGCGUUCUCGCUGUGUUGACUGUGUUGAUUUUUACAGGGUUUUAAUGUGAAUUUAAGGUUGUUUUAAGGUGGAAUCUGUGGAUUAAGAGAAGCUUCAGUUCGAUGGUUUAGGAGAGAUCUACAGUCGGACAGGAUGCCGUAUUUUGGAUCUGAGGAAACGGUGAAGGACCUGAAGAGGGCGCUGUCCAACCCAAACGUCCAGGCUGACCGGCUCCGCUACAGAAACUACAUCACCCGGGUCAUCAGGUCGAUGACGCAGGGUCUGGACGUUUCAUCUCUGUUUAUGGAGAUGGUGAAGGCCAGCGCUACGGUGGACAUCGUCCAGAAGAAGCUGGUUUACCUGUACAUGGUCACCUACGCCGGACAUAAACCGGACCUGGCCCUGCUGGCCAUCAACACCCUGCGGAAGGACUGCGCUGACCCCAACCCCAUGGUGCGCGGCCUGGCGCUGAGGAACAUGUGUAACCUCAGGAUGCCGGGAAUAACCGAAUACAUCCAGCAGCCAAUCCUGAGCGGCCUGAGGGACAAAGCGUCCUACGUCAGGAGAGUCGCUGUGUUGGGUUGUGCUAAAAUGCAUAGCCUUCAACCCAACACUGAGAUAGACCCCAGCGUGGUGAAUGAGCUGUAUGCUCUGCUGAGGGACCCGGACCCCGUCGUCAUGGUGAACUGUCUCAGAGCACUGGAAGAGAUCCUGCGAGACGAAGGGGGCGUGGUUAUCAACAAACCAAUCGCACAUCAUCUGCUCAACAGGUUGAAGGAUUUGGACAGCUGGGCUCAGAGUGAGGUUCUGAGGCUCCUCCUCCGGUACCGCCCCCGCAGCGACGACGAGCUCUUCGACAUCCUCAGCCUGCUGGACGGGUUCCUCAGCAGCGCCCACGCCCCCGUCAUGGCCGCCACGCUCCGCCUGUUUCUGCAUUUAGCCGCUGCCCACCCCGCCGUGCAGGCCGACGCCCUCUCGCGCGCCCGCGGCCCCCUGCUGGCCGUCUGCGGCUCUGCGUCGCGUGAGCUGCGUUUCGCAGGGCUGAGUCACGUGCAGCAGGUCCUGCGCAGUCAGCCGGCGCAGUACUGCAGCCACUACAAACGCUUCUUCUGCAGCUACUCAGAACCCGGAUACAUCCGCCUACGCAAGAUGGAGAUCCUGGUGGAGCUGGUGAACGACGAGAACGUGGUGCUGAUCCUGGAGGAGCUGAAGAGCUACUGCACCGACGUAUCCACCGACCUCGCUCAGGCAGCCAUCGCAGCUAUCGGUCGUAUCGGACGAACCUACACCGAAAAGUGUUUGGACAUCCUGACCGGACUUCUGGCACUGAAACAAGAACACAUCACCUCUGCCGUGGUCCAGACGUUCCGGGAUCUGGUGUGGUUCUGCCCGCAGAGCACCGGGCCGGUGUGUAAAGCUGUGGAAGGAUGUGAUGAAACUCCUCAGGAUGACGAGGGGAAGCAGGCUCUGCUGUGGUUGCUGGGGGCUCAUGGGGAGCUGAUCAGUAGCGCCCCCUACCUGCUGGAGGGUUUUAUAGACGGGCUGAAGGUGGAGAUCUCCUCUGCCGUGAAGAUGGAGCUGCUGACCUCCACCCUCAAACUCUUCCUGUCCCGCCCCGCCGAGACACAGGACAUGCUGGGACGCCUGUUACACUACUGCAUCGAGGACGAGGCUGAUAUGAAUGUGCGGGACCGGGCCGGGCUGUACUACCGGCUGCUGCAGAGCGGACCGGACCGAACCCGCCAGAUUCUGCUCGGCCCGAACUCCGACCCCUCCAUGACGGUUCUGACGGGACGUCCGGAGGAGCUGGUCAGUGUCUGGGCCUCCAGCUUCAACACGCUCGGGUCUCUGUGUGGAACCGGCGCCGGACCGGAGAACCUUCCGGCUGAAGACUCCGCCCACCAGGUCCACGCUGCAGAGGAGGCGGAGCUUGGGUUCGGCCCAGCCGAGCAGAACCUGAACACAGAACCGGAGGAACCUCUCUCUGAUGCCGCAGCAGCAGAGCUGGACCUGACCGCGGGUCCUCCGAUAUCCCAUGAGGCUUUUGAAAGGCUGUGGUUGGACCUUCAGGUGGUUCAUCAGCAGGUUCUGGAGGUCCGGCGUCCCCCCGAGCCGCCGGAGACGCUGCAGGCGGCGUUCCUGCUGGUGAAGAUCCAGACUCUGGCGUUUAGCCGCGCCGACGCCGCGCUCUGGAAAGCCUACGUGUACAGCCGCGCCGGCGGCACGCUGCUUCUGGCCGAGCUCCUGCAGGGGGCGCCGGAGGAGCCGGAGAGCGAGGGGAUGCUGCUCGUAUCAAUCAAACAGCAACCGGAGAACCAAUCAGCCGUCAGGAACUUCAUCUCGGUCCUGAAGCGCGUCCUGCAGACUCUCAGCUCCAAUACUUCAUAACUUUAACGCUGAUUAAAACAGAAUUUAAGCUAUGAAAAGCAACAGUUCCUGUCUAAACAUCGACUGUGAUCGAUCAGCUGAAACGUGUUUGGUACUUCUUUAAUUUUACACUGGAAAUACAAGAGCUAACGUAGCUAACAAAUAAUAGACGACUAUUCCCUAGCAGUUAGCACUGGAGCUACAAGGUUAACUAACUGUAGCUAAGUAACAAGUCACGGAAGCUUAUAUCCAUUAACUAGCAAUGGAGCUACAAUGCUAGUGAAGCGAACAAGUAAUAAUUGCAUAUACUCCAUCAAUUAGCGCUCUAAUAACGAGCGUAACAUAGCUAACAAGAAAUAAUAGCCUAUUCCCAGCUGUAAGCACUGGAGCUACAAGGCUUAUAUAUAUUAACAACUAGCAAUGGAGCUAUGAUGCUAAUGAAGCUAACAAGUAAUGGAAGCGUAUACCCUACCAAUUAGCAUUGAUGCUUUAAAGCUAAUGGAAGCUUAUAUAAAAAAAGACUCUGACUAAUGGAGCUAACAAGUAAUGGAGGCUUGUACUCCGCCAAUUAGCAAGGGAGCUACAAGGCUAAUGUAGCUAAUAAGUAAUGGAAUGUAUUCCUUACAAAAUAGCAUCGCAGCUUUAAAACUAGGUAGCUAACAAGCAUGCUUAUACUCUAUAAUUAGCAAUAAAGCCCUGAUUCUAAUGAAGCUAACAAAUGAUGGAAGCUUAUACCUAUUAUAGCAAUGGAGCUACAAUGCUAAUGAAGCUAACAAGUCAUAACCAAUUAGCAAUGGAGCUUCAAGACUAAUGCAGCUAAGAAGUAAUGGAACAUAUACCUUACGAAUUAGCAUUGGAGCUUAAAAACUCACAAGUCAUGGAAGCUUAUACUUAACAACUAGCAUUAGAGCUACAAUGCUAAUGAGGCUAAUACCCCACCAAUUAGUACUCUAUUAAUGAGUGUAACAUAGCUAACAAACAGUGGAGAUGCUACAAGGUUAAUUCCCUUGACAAGUAAUAGACGCUUAUAUCCACCAUUGGCUCUGAGGCUACAAGGCUAAUGUAGCUAACAAUUAAUGGAAGCUUGUACUCCACCAAUUAGCAAUGGAGCUAUGAGGCUAAUGCAGCUAACGAGUAAUGGAAUGUAUAGCUUACAAAUUAGCAUUGGAACUUUAAAACUCUGUAGCUAACAAACAAGCUUAUACUCAACAAUUAUCAAUGGAGCUAUGAUGCUAAUGAAGCUAACACCCCACCAAUUAGCACUUUAAUAAUGAGUGUAACAUUGCUAAUUAGUAAUGGAGGUGUAGCUCACAAGUAAUAGAAGCUUGUACUCCACCAAUUAGCAAUGGAGCCAUGGUGCUAAUGUAGCUAAGAAAGCAAGUAAUUGAAUAGCAUUGAAGCUCAAGUGCUCACAAGUAAUAUUUGCUUAUACCUCACCAAUUAGUGCUCUAAUAGGAAGUAUGACAUGGCUAAUAUGUGAUUAAUGUAGUUAGCAAUCAUUAGAAGGUUAAACCGUACAAAUUUAGCACUGAGGCUACAUGCUAAUGUAGGCUAAUCCAUCAGUUAGCAUUGGAACUACUAAGCUAAUUCAGCUAAACUAAACGCUCCAAAAGGUUUAAAGAGAGAGGUUUAGAUGACGGAGGCUUGCAGUUAGCAUCAUGCUAAAUGGUGGGGUGUAUUAGCUUCCAGUAAGACCUCGUAUCUCCAGUGUAAACAUAAAGAAGAACAACCAAAUCUGACUUUACAGAGUAAAGCGCGUUGAUGAUUCAGAGCUAAACGCUUCAGUAUCUCGGGGCUGGAUACAAUCAGCUCCUCCUCACAGCAAUGUUCCACUAUCUAGUAGUUACUGUGAUAACUACUAAAAAACAAAAAAACAAAACAAAAAUAAAACACUUAUUUAUUAUUCAAAUGAUGUAUACAUAUGUAAAUAAACUGCUGUUAUACACAGAGCCCAUGUUAAAUGUUUUCAUUUAAAUUUUUGAAAUGUUUUAAUCACUUUUUCAUCAAUUCUUUUAUCUAUUAUCAUGAUUUAUUAUGCUAUUUAUAAGACUUCAGACUACACAGAAAUAAUUAUUUAUAAUUUUCCAGCUUAAUCACUUAUUUUUUCAUUUUUUAUAUAUUUUUUUACUGUAAGCAUUCCUAAAUACAUUCCUAAAAUACAUAUUUUAGCCGAUGCUCCCAACAGGCCACAAUGCCACUAAUAGGCAUAUAGUUACCUGUGCAAAAAAAAACAACACUAUUUUUACACCAUUGACAAACUCAAAGUAGCUCCACACUUUAUUGGCAGAAUUCUUAGACCCUGACGAAGAAAUAACGAUUAAAAAAUGUAUGCUGUAAAAAAAAAUAUAUAUAUAUCCAAAAGCAGUGUGUAAGACUGGUGAAGGAGAACAUAAGACGUAAUAAUAAUAAAAACUGUGAUUAAAAACCAGGGUUAUUCCACCAAAUAUUGAUUAUUUCUGAACUCUUAAAACUUUAUGAAUAUGAACUUGUUUUCUUUGUAUUAUUUGAGGUCUGAAAGCUCUACAUCUUUU